AAACUUCAUUUGGUCUGGCCACCACAAUUGCACCGUGUUGGCUUUUGGGAGAACCCCGUCGCAGUCUCUUUUCCAUGUCUUUUCUCCGGUCGAGAUGACUGGGUUUUCACGGAAGCCCAUUAUCAUCGACGGCCAAGGCCACUUACUUGGCCGUCUCUCUGCAUUAGUAGCGAAAACACUGCUUCAUGGCCAACGGGUGGUCGUCGUUCGAUGCGAGGGCAUCUGCAUAUCUGGAAGCUUCUUCAGGAAUAAGCUGAAGUACCUGGACUUCCUGCGCAAGCGAUGCAAUGUGAACCCAGCACGGGGGCCCUACCACUUCAGGGCACCCAGCAAGAUCUUGUGGCGUACGGUGCGCGGCAUGCUGCCGCACAAGACCAAGCGUGGCUCCCUUGCGCUUGACCGUCUGAAGGUCUUCGAGGGUGUGCCGCCGCCAUACCACCGCAUGAAGCGCAUGGUGGUGCCAUCAGCGUUGCGUGUGCUCCGGCUCAACCCAAGGCGCAGGUACUGCACUCUUGGACGUCUUGGACAUGAAGUUGGCUGGAAGUACCAGAGCGUCAUCGAGUCUCUUGAGCUGAAGAGGAAAGCCAAGGCUGCCCUUUAUCACAAGGCCAAGAAGUCGGACAGGAAACUGCUCGCACAGGCCAAGGAGCUCUCUGCCAAGCAGGUGGAACCGAUGGCUAAGGUCAUCAAAAGCUAUGGCUUCGCUGUGUGAUGUUAAUACUUGUUCAAGAAUAAAAACAGAGUGGGCCGUG